UCCUUUCUUUUUUGUUUUGUUCUCUAAUCUCUUUCAUAUAAAAAAAAUAAAUAAUAAGGAGCACAAGAACACGCCACAUUCUCCUCUUCUCUAGAGAAUGAGCAAGGAGAAACCAGAGACCCUUUUUAUUCAUCUUUUCCUUUUUUAGCCAAAAAAAUUCAAUCUAUCCCUGUAUAUAAAAUCUAAUUAAUUAACUAACUGUUAUUAACGAUGGGAAAAAAGAGAAAAUCCAUAGCAACAAGCCUGGAAGAGGUGGAUCGGACCAUGUACGCUUCGUUUUGCAGUGCUGCAAACUCUCUGUCUCAGCUUUACACACAGUCCAUGAACCACCAAAAACUCUCUUUCCAAGCCGGUGAACGUCAUGGUCUUGAAAAACUUUAUCAAUGGAUUUGGAGACAACAAGAGGGAGGAUCUCGGGUGACAACAUUUGAUAUAAUCAAUUACAUACAGAAUGAAUUGGACUAUUGUGGAGAAGAACCAUCAGUGUCUCCUAGAACGCCACACCAACAUCAGAGUUCCCAACCUAUUCCAUUCACAAAUUCCACCUUUCUAGUUUCUUCGGGGUCAUCUGGCCUGGCAGCUUCUGGUCAGGGCACUCGCUCUGAACAAUGUGAUCAACAAUCUAAGAAUACAGUUUUCUCAAAUGCUUUGUCAAGCCCUGUUCGCAGGAGUCUCCAGAACUAUCACAUUGCUCAGGGAGGCUACUGUCCACCUGGUGGUUCACCGUCAGGAAAUGGAACCCGCGCCAAUGAGCCCAACUUUCUUCAAAAUCAUAAUAGGGAUCCUAAUCUUCCCAGUUCCAAUGAUUCCUCGAUGGACAUCUAAGAUAGCAGGUCUUGCAAGCUUCUUUCCAUGCUUUGGUUAAAGGAUCUGGAUGGCUGUUGCAGUUGUGUUGCUGUUUAGGUUGUUCCUGAUCUUCUUAGGAAGAAAGCACAUGGAAUGGUUAGUCCAUACAAGAAUAAUCACUUUAUGCUGUUAAAUUGUGAAGCGUGUGAAGAAGAAAGGCUUAGUGGGUGAGUUCUCAUGGAGCAGAAUGCUUAUAUAAUGAGCACCAUAACCUAUCAUUUUAUCCUUUUCGUUGUCCUUUUAAAAUGGUAAAUUUGGUUUAUGUUUUAUGUAAAGUGCUUUGUUGAAUUGAUUAUACUACCUAUAAAUUAAUUUGUAUUAGCUGUUGCAUUGUCCUCUGUUA